AUGGGAUCUGGGUCCAUAUGGAAGCAUCAUGUUCGUCGUCAGUUUGCAGAUACACCUUUAGUUUGUGGUUGCAGUUGGUACAAAUCGAAGAAACCAAAACAAAAGAACAGGAAAUACGCCCUUUUGUCUGGUAGUCAGAAGAGUGAACCGAGCAUACGUGUACUUAACUUUGCCAAAUUUAUCUCAGUCUAUGUAAACUUGUUCAAAAAUAUACGAGAUACCAAUUUGAUCACAUUACUCAUAUCCUGUGUAUCAAUAGUAUUUUUGAUCACCACUAAAUAUUUUAUUGAACCACUAUUAAGAAGAUAUGUACAUUUCAAUUUUCCAAUACCCAGUGAAUUAGUUGUGAUUGCUCUGGGUACCGUAACUUCGGCCGCUCUCAACUUGCAUUCAACCAAUAAUGUUUCAAUUGUUGGACAUAUUGCAAGCGGAAUGCCUCAGCUAACUGUACCAUACUGGCCUGUUGUUCCGGAGUUGAUUGGUGAUGCGAUUCUAAUUACGCUAGUCAGCACCUUUCUGUCUAUAUCUUUGGUGAAAUUAUUUUCAAUGAAGUAUGGGGAUAAAAUAAAUUUCAAUCACGAGAUUUUGUCAUUUGGAAUUAUGAAUACAAUAACAGCUUCUUCUCCUGUUCCGUUCAAAGGGACAAGAAGUCGGACACCACUAUCUGGUGUAGUCAGUUCAGCCAUGAUUAUUUUUGUACUGUUAUUUUUGGGGCCAUAUUUUGAAGCUACUCCAUCGUGUAUUUUGUCGUCUAUCAUUGUGGUGGCAUUGAAAAAUAUCUUGGUACAUCCGAAGAAACUACCCUAUUUAUGGCGUACCUAUAAACCAGACUUUGUGCUAUUCCUAGUAACAUUCCUGAGUACUGUAGUACUUGAUGUUACUUAUGGACUAAUGGUUGGUUUAGUUGCUUGUGUUUUUGCGUUGUCCGAGAAACAGCGCAGUGUAAAAUUGCUUGAAUUACAAAAUGUUCCAGGCACAGAACUUUACGUUCGCAAACAUUUUGAGCUGUUAACUAACACACAAAUCAAUAAAACACAAUAUGACUACCUAUCAUCGUCAAUUAAAUCCGUACGUGUUUUGGGUUCAUUGAAUUUCUCAUCAUUUGAAAAUUUCACAAGCAGUAUUUACAAGGUGAUUGAUCAUAUGGCCGUAGAAUACAAUGGAAUUCCUCAGAAUGAGUGUCUUAAACAUCGCCAGAUUAGCGUAAUAUGUGAGGAUGCCGAUAGCAAGCAUACUGAGGACAAACCGCUCACUGCAGUUCAACAGAAAACGUCAUCGAAGAUAAAUGACAGUUAUUUUCUUACAAAUUGUGACAUGGUCAACAGACCGAAUGAAGUAAGCGAAAUAGAGAGAAACAAUUGCUCCUUUUAUUCGUCAAAAGCUGCUCCUUCCCUGUACACUGGAGUAAAUGAAAAUAAAACCAAUUGUGUUGACAAAAAGCCAAUGAGAUUUCUUCUUUUGGAUAUAUCUGGCAUAACGCACAUUGAUCCAUGUGGAGCAACUGCACUGACUGAACUCCAAAGAAGUUUAUUCAGAAGUAAACUCUAUAUGAUUCUUUGUGGAGAUCCAGCUCCGUUCAAGUGUUUAUCAGUAUCUGAUUGGCAGACGUGUCCUGGAAUAAAAUCGGUCUACCCGACAUUAUAUGAUGCUAGUGCUGUUUGUGUGAAAGCACUUUGUCAGAAUGAAUCAGAUCUGCUGGAGUCUGGGGAAAUACAAGAGAGCAACGAAAGUCAUACAUAA